AGUCCCAAUCUUUUUCACCCUAAAUUUCACACACACACACACAAUGAAGGGAAGUUCCAAGAUAAUAAUGGGAGCAACACUCACAAUGCUACUCAGCCUUGCAAUAGUCCUAGCCCUAGUCUUGCUUCUACUAGCCCAGCUCUACUGCUCUCUCUUGCUCCGCCGCCGACACCUCCGCAAAACCACCACCACCUCCGCCGCCGCCGCCCCACACCCCCAACCCCAUCCCACCGCCCCAACUCUCAGCACCUUCUACGCUCAGGGCGUCCUCCACGCCCCAAGAAACUUCCUAUUCCCUGCAGUGUUUCCCCACACUUCAAACAACAUUAAUAACCCGGAUUUGGAGACCCAGAAUUAUUCUGAGCUCCCCAAGAAACCCCACGAAGUCGGUCUUAUGUUUUCCUCCACGCCGCCCUCUCCCGCCGCCGCCUUUAUACCCAUGGCGUCGCCGAAGCUAGUCCACGGCGAAGACGGCGGCGGCGCUGGGAGAGAAGAUUGUGUGUACAUAUGCAAUCCGAUUUAUGACUUGGAAGCCAAUAACGUGGCGUGCGGGGCGGUGGAUGACACCCCGUUUGAGACGCCGGAUUCGUCGCCGUCACGGUUAAGCGGCGGCUCCGACGAGAAUGGCGGCCAAUCUGCGUGUUGUAGCCCCGCGUCUUCGGUGGCGUUAACGCCGAUGAAAAAACUCCCGGCCAAGGCGUGCUCGGUUUCGCUCAAGGAUGCUAGCUCACUUGGUACUUCUAGGAGUGACUCCAUUAUUAGUAACAAUGACGCUGUUUCGUCUUCUUCUUCUUGUUCCCCUUCCACUUCUUCAUGGUGAUGAUUCAAACUCCAUAGUCAAAUCCCAAGCUUUAUAUUAGUAGAGAAGAUAAGUUGAUGAUAGCUAGCUAGGACUCCAAUCUUGAUAUUUAGUUUAAUUGAGACUUAGACUUAGAGGGACCUUUUUAAUUUGUUCAUGUACUAUGAUUUUUGUUUUUUCUUGUUUGAACUUUAGUUCCAAAAAAAUGUUAUCAUUU